GGAAUUGAAGCGAUGGAUGCUUCCUUCAGCUGGUGGCAACUAGCUAGCUAGCUAGGAAUAUUUUCUGGAGCUGGGCGUGCGUGAUUUAACAAUUUUUAAGUUUUUGUGUUGUCAAUUUUCUUGUCUAAUGUGUAUAUAAAUAGAAGGAUAAUUAAUGGACAAUAUAUUGUAUUGCAUACCACUGCUUGCUGCCUGUUUUAUAGAUCGAUAAUUCGAUAUCGAAAAGAAUAGCGAAAGCAACAACAUAUAUUAUAAGUUAACCUGAUCAUCAACAUGCCUAAAGCUCGACCGCUCUCCUUGCAGACGGUGGAACUCAAAGUGAGGAUGUGCUGCACAGGCUGCGAAAGAGUUGUGAGAGACGCCAUUUUCAAGCUUAGAGGGGUUGACUCGGUGGAGGUGGAGCUGGAGAUGGAGAAGGUGACAGUGGUGGGGUACGUGGAUCGGAAUAAGGUGUUGAAGGCGGUGAGGAGAAGCGGGAAGAGGGCGGAGUUCUGGCCCUACCCCGACCCACCUCUAUACUUCACCACCCCAACCAAUUACUUUAAGGACUUCACCCAAGACUACAAACAAAGCUACAACUAUUGGCGCCAUGGCUACAACCUCCCCGACCGCCACGGCACCCUUCCUCCCUCCCACCGCGGUGACGACCAUGUCAGCAAUCUCUUCAACGACGAUAACGUCAAUGCUGCAUGCUCUCUUAUGUGACAAAAUAUUAAGUACCCGGAAUGUAUAUACCAAAUCUAAUUAACGUGAUUUCAUUAUGUGUAAAAAAAUUACCUAUUUAGUCCUUAAAAAAUAUACAUGACCAAAAUUUAUGUCUUUUAGGUGUAUACAAGUACUCAAUCUACCUAACAAUUUCUCGGGCCUCUUGUGUAGAUUGAUUCACUUAUAUACUUUAUCCUAUCCUCCUAUAAGACUUUGGCUCUGCUGCUGUGAGUGAGAGCUGCUGGACUGUAAUGGAUUGAACACAGGGGAGAGAAGAAGAGAAUGUAGAACAGAGGAAAGAAUAAAAAUGGAAAGAAUUCUCUUGUA